CAUUCAUAUCAGCCACUCUAUAAAUACCCUCCUCCCCCACCAUAACUCAAAGUAUAACUCCACCCUUUUAAUAAACCCUUUUCUUCGUUACUUACAAAGAAGCUUAAAAAAUGGCAAAUGAAUUAGUGUUGUUGGAUUUCUGGCCAAGCCCAUUUGGGAUGAGAGUGAGGAUAGCAUUGGCUGAGAAGGAGGUAGAAUAUGAGUACAGAGAUGAAGAUUUGAAGAACAAGAGUGAAUUUCUUCUUAAGAUGAACCCGGUUCAUAAGAAAAUCCCGGUUCUCGUCCACAAUAACAAACCGAUUAACGAGUCUUUAAUUAUUGUGCAGUACAUUGAUGAGGUUUGGAGUGACAAGAAGCCUCUUUUGCCGUCUGAUCCUCAUCAGAGGGCUGUGGCUCGUUUCUGGGCUGAUUUUGUUGACAAAAAGAUAUAUGACAGUGGAAGAAAAGUUUGGACUAGCAAAGACGCAGAACAAGAAGCAGCGAAGAAAGAAUUCAUAGAAAACUUGAAGGUGUUGGAGGCUGAGCUGGGUGAUAAAGCUUACUUUGGAGGAGAUACAUUUGGAUAUGUUGAUGUUGCUUUCAUUCCAUUUUACAGUUGGUUUUAUGCGUACGAGAAGUUGGGAAACUUCAGCAUUGAGGAGUCUUGCCCAAAGAUCAUUGAAUGGGCAAAGAGAUGUUUGCAGAGAGAGACUGUUGCCAAAGCACUCCCUGAUCAGAACAAAGUUUACGACUUUAUUCUCAUGCUUAAGAAGGCGUAUGGCAUUUAAAUGUAGAAACCCAUCAACGUACUCUUGCUAAAUGUUGUUGGAUCUAGUUGUGUUAGGCUGUUAGCCUGGGAUCAGAUCAUGUAUGUUCUUUUAAUAAAUCCAACAUUGUCUAUGUUUUUUAUCAAGGAAUUUGUUUGUCAA